CCCAUCUCACUCUAUAUAUAUUAUAAGCACCCCUCAAGUCCUCUAUUUAAUUAUUCAACCAAACCCCCCCCACAAAACAAGAAAAAGAAAAAUAUUUUUCUUGAAAUCUUGAAAAAUAAAAAAUAAAAAUGGGUUUAAGAGAUAUUGGAGAAAGUUUGCCACCAGGCUUCAGAUUCUAUCCAAGUGAUGAAGAAUUAGUCUGCCAUUAUCUGUACAAAAAGAUUGCUAAUGAAGAUGUUUUGAGAGGCACUUUGGUGGAGAUUGAUCUUCAUGUUUGUGAGCCAUGGCAGCUUCCAGAUGUGGCGAAAUUGAAUUCGAACGAGUGGUAUUUCUUUAGCUUUCGCGACCGGAAGUAUGCAACCGGUUUCAGAACAAACCGAGCCACCACAACCGGUUAUUGGAAGGCCACCGGAAAAGAUAGAGUCGUGCUUGACCCAAAAACACGAGGUGUUGUGGGUAUGAGAAAGACUUUGGUUUUUUACAAGAAUCGAGCUCCGAAUGGAAUCAAAACCGGGUGGAUUAUGCACGAGUUUCGGAUGGAAAAUCCUCACGUGCCGCCUAAGGAAGAUUGGGUGCUAUGCAGAGUAUUUCACAAAUCGAGAGGAGAACAAUUAAACAAUGAACUUCAUAACCAUCAAAACAAUAUCUCAUCAUCUUUCUCACAACAAAGCCUACGUCAGAAUAAUCAUCAUCAUCAACAUGGCCAUAAUAUUAACCCGAAUACUUCAUUAGGUUUGACGACAAACGAGACAUACCCGACUCUUUUAUCUCAUGAAAUGCCUAACUAUGGUUAUCAGAACAAAGUAUUAGUUGACCCGAGUUUUGCCAAGUGUGAGGAUGACUAUGGCUUCUUGUUCGAUCUCGAUCAUGGGCCGAAUAAUGAGGUGUCCGAAAUGCUGGAUGGUAUGAACUUCGAUCGUGAUGAUAACGGCUCGGUUUUCAUUUGAAAAGCCAUGGGAUUGAUUGAUGGAUAUGGUGUAUAUUUUGAAGUGAUCAAAUGGAGUGAGAGUGAACAUGUAGUUGAAUGUGGUAGUAGUGUGUGAUUUGUUUUGUGCAUGGUUAGGAGAUUGAUAUAUUGUUUUAUUAUGAAGAAAUGUAUGUGUUGGUUUGGAAUAGUUUAGAAGAAUUUGGUUCAGAUUAGUAUUUAUGAUGAUGAUAUGUUUGUGUUUAUUGGAAUAGUUUAGAAGUUAUAUAUAUGUAGCUAGAUAGUAUUUUAUUACCUAGAUUCAUGUAUUAUAAAAUAUAUAGAGAGG